UUUUUGGCAAACUCAAUACUUCUAGACUCUGUUCCCUCGAUUCCAUUGUCUAUUCUUAUGUCAAUACCCACUGUCCUGAUUACUAGAGCUUUAUAGCAAGUCCUAAACCAGGUAGUGAGAAUCCUCCAUGGGGUAGCACAGUUUUGAAAUACCAACAAUUCCCUCCAGUAUUUAUUCUCCACCCUUGUCACCACUCAGGCAGUUCUGUGCUGAUUGCCGAGGGGAAGUAAGCACGAGCUCAAGCGCAAGAUGCAGGGCAGACACAAAAGGGAGAUUUCCUGCUUUGGUUUUGAAAGCCCAAGUCCUCAGAGGAAUAGAGACAUAACAUUUGGGGAACACAACGUGAUAAAGAGCAGCCCGCCCCUCAGCUUCUAGUCAACAACACUUCUAAGACAAGAUAACCCACCCUAGGACGGGUGGAAGGAAUUAGAGCAACCAUGCACCCCUACAUCAGGGUUAGGAUCUCAGGGAGGCAGGGGAGCCCUUGCAGAACCUCCACUGUCUCUGACGGUCCACGGCAGCAGAAUGAAUCCUGGACCCUCACUGCGGCCCUGGGGAAGAGCUGUGUCCUGAACAGGCUGUGGAUCAGCACAGCAGCCAUCCCGACAGAGGGAUGGAAAUGUACCCCGGUGCUUGGGUUCCCUGUAAACCUCCCAGAAGAUCUGCCCUGACCCUAAGAAAAGGGGGAAAGGAUCAUGAAUUGACUGUGAUUAAUGUCCUGCUACUCUGGUAGCAAGGGGUUUCAGCUGAGUUAUAGGGAAGGAAAGAAAGAUCCUAAAACACCUGAGUUUAUUGCUUACGAUUUAUUCUGCUUUAUAUGGAACUUCUAACAAACUACAUUUAAAUGACUGAGGCUAAUGAUAGUAAACAGUGAAGAUGGGGGAGAGGAGCCCUCCUUUCCGCUGGGAGAAGGGCUGGUGGGGAGGAAUCAGGGGGCUCCCCGGCCAGGCCAUUUUCCUGCCUCACUAAUGUUUCAGCCCCUGUAUUUUGGAUCUCAAAAUGCCAUCAAACAAUUCAUCCUCCUAACAUGUUCUUCUGCGAUCUAGUGCCUCUGUCCCGAAACACCUUAAUAAAGUCCUUCCGCUUAAUGCAUCCCUCUUGUCUUUAGCAAUCAAAGGACAUCAUGCUGGGUCCCAGAUGACACCUCAAGAUCCUCACGGAGCGAAGCUUGGAGACGAGGACUCCUGUUGCAGGAGGAAAGCUGGGCUGGGACUGAAAGGCCCUGCCGGCGCUGCUCAGAGACUCCUCCACCGUGGGCACUGCCUGCUUGGGUACCAGGCACUGAGCUAGGCGCUCUGUGUUCUUACCGCGUUUAUUCCUCCCACCACCCUUGCGAAAUAGACGCUCUUAUAACCUUUUCUAGCUCUGGGGGCCCUGUUGCAGCCGGGCGUCGGGGAAGCGGCAUCUAAAUCUCCUUGUGAAGCAGGAAGGAGGACUCUGGCUCUGGAGCCUGGCACGCAGCAGGAGCGCGGGCCUUGGGGCCGAUAGAGCAGACCCACACAUCGGCCAGUGAUUAACCGAGACGUCCCCCUCCGGCCAUUUUGGGUCUUGCUGCGGCGUCUGGAAAGAAAAGCACCCCUCCAGCAAGAGGACGACAUUUUGACACGGCGCCUCUUCCCGCUGGUUUUCAGGUUAUAACCCUGCAGUUACAAAGAAGGUCCUUCCAGAAUCAGGGAGAGAAGAAAGGAGUACAGGCUGGCCUGCCUCAGCCAGCAGUGCCCCGAAGAGAGGCACACAGGCGCUCCCUGGGACACAGAGCCUGAGGUGACAGAGCUCCGCGGGGCUGUGCCUCAUCUAGACCUGGCUGCGCUGAUGACUGGAGCCCAGCGCAGAUCUGCCUGCCCAGCCCCACCUGGCCCAGCAGGCCCGUCUGCAUCGGCGCCCUGGGACGGAAGGCCGGCCCCCUCCCACUCCCAGCCCCCUUGCACGGCCCUCUUCCCCAGGUGAUGCCCAUCACAGGUAAACAGGGAGCCGGCCAAGCAGGCACACUUGUGCAUCGUCGUCAUUACUAAGGCUGUCAACACUGCGUGCAGCGUGUGUGAGGGUGGCUGACGGCCCAGCUCCACAGCAAGCUGGUGACGCCAGGCCACAGCCGUCUCCUGCCCCACAGCCCAAGGCCCAGAGGCCCCAGCCUGGAUCAGCAGUGCGGAUGGAGAGACGUCGACAGCCGCUGGUCACUGCCCCUUUCAAAGGUGAAGACAGUAAAAUUUAUGACAGGCGUCCUAUCAGACAACAGAGGAGCAUAAAAGCAGAAGGAAGAGUGAUAGCCCAUCGGUCCGCGGACAUCUGGAGGGUUCCAGCAUGGGGCUGCGGCCACGCACUUUCCUCCUGGGGCUGCUGCUGCUGCUGCUGGGGCGAGGAACUACCCAGGCCCGUACCUCCCCUGGAGAGAACACACUAGAAGAGCAGCUAUGGCCAGAGUGGCAGAGCCUGAAGGGUUUUCCAUUCUCAUGCAACUCAAAGAAGUCAGGAUCUGAUGCGCCUUCUAACUCAGUCCACUCUCUGAGCCCUUCUGAUAUUAAACUUGUGGCAGCCAUUGGCAAUGUGGAAACUCCUCCAGACUCAGGGACGGAUGACCUGGAGAAGCAAGAAUGGACUGAAAGCGAGGGACCGCAGGCGUGCAUGGGAGUGGUGACCGUCCUUUCAGAUGUCAUCAGACACUUCAAUCCAUCUGUCCUGAGGCCCAUCUGCAGCCCUGGGAAGGGAGUGGUACCCCAUAACGGUGCCGAGGACUUGUGGAUUCAGGCAAAAGAGCUGGUGAGGAACAUGAAAGAGAACCAGCAACUUGACUUUCAGAAUGACUGGAAGCUCAUCACCGUGUUCUUCAGUAACACUAGCCAGUGUCACCUGUGUCCCUCCGCCCAACAGCAAAGACACAUGACGAGCAGCAUGGACCAGCUGACGAGAAUGCUGGACUGCCUGCAUCAGGAGGUCCCCAAAGCGUUUGUGAACCUGGUGGAUCUCUCCGGGGUUCUGAGGGGCUCGCACUGGCAUCAGGGGACUCCGCUCAGUCCCACGGCCGAGCCCUGCAGGUGCUCAGGGGAGACCUCGCGGCUGUCCAGGGUUGCGACCCAGUGGGCCUAUCAGGAAACCUGGGAACAGCUCCUGGCCUCCAGCAAGUACAACGAGCAGACGUCCUUCGCAGUGGUUUUCCAGCCUUUCUUCUACGAGGGAACCCUGCCACCACCCUCGGGGGAGCGACCACUCCAGGAUCCCACCGUCCUCGCCUUGACUCUCUGGAACAGCAUGAUGGAGCCAGCAGGACAGAAAGAUGAGCCAUUCAGUGCCAAAGAGAGGCGGCCAGUGAAAUGUCCCUCUCAGGAGAAUCCCUAUCUGUUCACCUACAGGAACAGCAACUACCUGCCCAGGUUGCAGAAAUCCCAGGCGAAGUUUGAGGUGAGAGAUGGAAUGGAAAUCAGGUGUCCUGACAAGGAUCCCUCUGACACGAUUCCCACAUCAGUUCACAGGCUGAAGCUGGCUGACAUCAAGGUCAUCGGAGCCCUGGGUGAUUCGCUCACGGCAGGUAAUGGGGCUGGAUCCAAGCCUGGGAACGUCCUGGACGUCUUUACUCAGUAUCGAGGUCUGUCCUGGAGCGCUGGCGGCGAUCAGAACCUCAGCAGCGUCACCACCUUGCCCAACAUCCUCCGGGAAUUCAACCCUUCCCUGAAGGGUUUCUCUGUUGGCACUGGAAGAGAAAACAGUCCUGGGGCCUUCCUAAACCAGGCCGUGGCAGGAGCCCGAGCUGAGGAUUUACCUGUUCAGGCCAGGAGGCUGGUGGAUCUGAUGAAGAAUUACGAGGAUAUAAAUUUUCAGGAAGAUUGGAAGAUAAUAACCCUGUUUAUAGGAGGCAACGACCUCUGUAAUGUCUGCAAAGACCCGGUCCGCUAUUCUCCACAGAAGUUCGUGGAAAACAUCGGGAAGGCUCUGGAUAUCCUCCAUGCCGAGGUGCCUCGGGCGUUUGUGAACCUGGUAAAGAUCCUGGAGAUCAUCAGCCUGAGGGAGCUGUACCAGGAGAAGAAUGUCAGCUGCCCGCGGCUGGUCCUCCGGAGACUGUGUCCCUGUGUCCUGAAGUUUGAUGAUAACUCAACAGAACUUGCCUCCCUCAUCAAAGUGAAUAAGAAGUAUCAGGAGGGGACUCACCAGCUGGUCGAGAGUGGGCGAUAUGACACAAGGGAAGAUUUUACAGUGGUCAUGCAGCCGUUCUUUGAAAACGUGGCGAUGCCAAAGACCCCGGAGGGGUUGCCUGACAGCUCUUUCUUCGCUCCUGACUGUUUCCACUUCAGUAGCAAGGCUCAUGCCCGCGCAGCCCAGGCCCUGUGGAACAACAUGCUGGAACCUGUCGGCCAGAAGACAAGAAGGCAUAGGUUUGAAGACAAGAUCAAUAUCACAUGUCCAGACCAGGUUCGGCCAUUUCUGAGCACCUACAAGAACGCUGUGCAGGGUCACGGGAGCCAGCUGCUGUGCAGUGACAGAGCCCCUUCUGCCUCGCCGCCCACCUCAGUGCACACCCUGAGACCUGCAGACAUCCAAGUUGUGGCCGCUCUGGGGGAUUCUCUGACCGCUGGCAAUGGGAUUGGCUCCAAACCGAAUGACCUAUCUGACGUCACUACUCAGUACCGGGGGCUGUCAUAUAGUUCAGGAGGGGACGGCUACCUGGAGAAUGUGACCACCUUACCGAAUAUCCUUCGGAAGUUCAACGGAAAUCUCACAGGCUAUGCGGUGGGCACAGGCAACGCCAGUGACACAAAUGCCUUCCUCAAUCAGGCUGUUCCUGGAACAAAGGCUAAGGAACUUUCAAGCCAAGUCCAGACUCUGAUACAGAAGAUGAAAGAUGACCAUAGAGUAAAUUUCCACGAGGACUGGAAGGUCAUCACGGUGUUGAUUGGAGGCAGUGACUUAUGUGACUACUGCACGGAUUCGAAUCUGUAUUCUGCAGCCAACUUUUUUGACCAUCUCCGAAAUGCCCUGGACAUCCUGCACAGAGAGGUACCCCGGGCGCUGGUCAACCUCGUGGACUUCAUGAGCCCCCGCGUCAUGCGGCGCGUGUUCCUGGGGAACCCCGACAAGUGCCCGGUGCAGCAGGCCAGCAUUUUGUGUAACUGCGUUCUGACCCCGCGGGAGAGCUCCCAAGAGCUGGCCAGGUUGGAGGCCGUCACCCGAGCCUACCAGAGCAGCAUGCGUGAGCUGGUGGAGUCAGGUCGCUACGACACGCGGGAGGACUUCUCCGUGGUGCUGCAGCCCUUCUUCUACAACAUCCAGCUCCCCAUCCUGGCGGAUGGGCGCCCGGAUGUGUCCUUCUUCGCCCCAGACUGCCUCCAUCCAAAUCAGAAAUUCCACUCCCAGCUCUCCAGAGCCCUUUGGGUCAAUAUGCUUGAGCCACUAGGAAAGAAAAUGGAUACCCUGGACCUGACGGCAGCUAUACGCCUCCCCUGCCCUGCUCAGAAUGAACCCUUCCUGAGAACCCCCCGGAACAGUAACUACACAUACCCCACCAAGCCGUCCAUUGAGAACUGGGGCAGUGACUUCCUGUGUGAGGAGUGGAAUCCUUCCAACAGUGUCCCCACAUCAGUCCAUGAGCUCCGGCCAGCGGAUAUCAAAGUGGUAGCUGCCCUGGGUGACUCGCUGACUACAGCGGUGGGAGCCCGACCCAGCAACUCCAGUGACCUCUCCACAGCCUGGAGGGGACUCUCCUGGAGCAUUGGAGGGGACGGCGACUUGGGGACCCACACCACACUGCCCAACAUUCUGAAGAAGUUCAACCCCAAAAUCUUUGGCUUCUCCGCCGGCACCCGGGAGGAGACGGCCGGGCUGAAUGCAGCAGUGGGAGGGGCCAGAGCUCGUGACAUGCCGGCCCAGGCCCGGGACCUCAUGGAGCGAAUGAAGAACAGCCCUGAAAUCAACCUACAGAAAGACUGGAAGCUCAUCACCCUGUUCAUUGGGAGCAACGAUUUGUGCCAUUACUGCGAGAAUCCGGAGGCCCACUCAGCCAGCGAGUAUGUUCGGCACAUCCAGCAGGCCCUGGGCAUCUUCUAUGAGGAGCUUCCAAGGGCUUUCAUCAACGUGGUAGAGGUCAUGGAGCUGGCUGGCCUGCACCAGGGCCAAGGUGGGAAAUGUGUCAUGCCACUGGCAGCCCAGAACAACUGCACCUGCCUCCGAGGUUCCCAGGAGAACUCCCUGGAGAUGCUGCAAGAACUGAAGACAGUGAACUGGGACUUCCAGAGUCGCCUCUCCAGGCUCUCCUACCAGUACCUGCAGCGUGAGGACUUCGCCGUGGUUGUGCAGCCUUUCUUCCAAAACACUCUUGUCCCCCUGAAUGACCGAGGAGGCGCUGACCUCACCUUCUUCUCCGAGGACUGUUUCCACUUCUCAGAACGCGGGCACGCUGAGAUGGCCAUCGCUCUCUGGAAUAACAUGCUGGAACCCGUGGGUCAAAAGACAACCUCCAACAACUUCACCUAUAGCCGAACCAAACUCAAGUGCCCCUCCCCUGGGCACCCCUACAUCUGCACCCUGAGGAACAGUCGGCUGCUCCAAGACCGGGCUAAAGCAGACCCCCCAAUGCUCUCCUGGGCCGUGCCAGUGGCAGCAGGAGGCGGCCUUGCGGUUGGUGUCGGCACAGUGAUGGCCUGGAGAGCCCUAAGGGGUCGCCAGAGGGAAAAUCCUCCCAUAAGUCUGAACACUGUGAGCUUGUAGGCCCGCCAGCCCUGUGCGGGCUCUCAUCCUGAAUUCCCCAGCCACGUUCCUCAGCAGCCCUCUCCCUUGGCCACCCCUGGCCGCUACAGAGGUCACUCGCUUCAACACCUGGUAAUGUAGGAAGCCAAAGGGACAGUCACAACUCCUUGGGGCCUGGGACCUAUGAUCCUGGAAUCGGCACAUCUAAAUAAAGGCCAAAGCCGUUCUA